AUGUGUUUAGUUGUCGCGCUCUGUGGUCGUUUGAGUUCAUUCUCUUCAGUUUUCUGCAGUACGAGGGCGUGUUAGAAAUAAUGGGAUUACUGCCUGUAUUUUUAUGAAAAUGGCUAAUAAAAGGGAGGAUCCUGAGGAAGAAUGGCCAGCUCUGGGUCUCAGGACGUGGUCUGUGGGUCAGUGACAUUUAGGGAUGUGGCUGUUGACUUCUCUCAGGAGGAAUGGGCCUGCCUGGAUGCUGCUCAGAGGGUCUUAUACAGGGACAUGAUGUUGGAGACCUACAGAAACCUCCUCACAGUGGUGGGAAGUUCCAUUUCCAAACCCGAUCUGAUCACCUUAUUGGAGCAGGAGAGAGAGCCCUGGAUGGCUGUGACGGAAGAAGCAGACAGGCCCAGCCCAGAUAUGGAGUCAUGUUAUGAAGCUGAAACUAUAUCUCCAGAAAGCCAUAUUUAUAAUAUAAAUCUGCCCAAUCAGAGCAUGCAGCAAUUAAAUAAAUCUCUUGAUCUCCAGGGCUCCAGUUUUAGUCAUGGUCCCAACUAUAAUGCAUUCAAGAGACUACAGAGUUAUCAAGGAGAUGCUGAUAUAAAGAUUAGUAACAAGGAAAAACUGCCUGCUUACACCUGCCAGACUCUUACUCACAACAGAGAAAAAGCCUAUGAAUGUAAGGAGUGUGGAAAAGCCUUCAGACUCCACCAACAACUUACAAGACAUCAGAAGUCUCACAGUGGUGAGAGACCUUUUGAAUGUGAUGAGUGUGGAAAGGCCUUUCAUCUUCCCAACCUGCUUAAGUACCAUAAAACCAUUCAUACAGGUACGAAACCAUUUGAAUGUGAGGAAUGCGGGAAGUCCUUCAAUCGUGUCUCCACUCUUUUUCAACACAGAAUUAUUCAUGCUGGUGUGAAGCCAUAUGAAUGUAAAGAGUGUGGGAAAGCCUUUAACCGUCGCUCAAACCUCAUGCAACAUCAGAAAAUUCACUCUGGUGAGAGACCCUUUCAGUGUAAGGAGUGUGGAAAAGCCUUCACUAUUCUGGCACAGCUCACUCGGCACCAGAACAUUCAUACUAGAGAGAAAUCAUUUGAAUGUCAGCAGUGUGGCAAGAUAUUCAGUAGUGGCUCAUACCUUGCACGACACCACAGUGUUCAUACCAGUGAGAAACCCUUUGAAUGUAAUGUCUGUGGGAAGGCUUUUAGGCUUCACCUGUAUCUUUCUGAACAUCAGAAAACUCACACUGAUGAGAAACCUUUUAAGUGCAAGCUGUGUGGGUCAGCCUUCAGACGUAAGUACCAACUUAGUGAACAUCUGAGAAUCCAUACUGAUGUGAAACCCUAUCAAUGCAAGGAAUGUGGGAAACACUUCCGUCGACGUUCAAAUUUUACUGAGCAUCAGAGUAUUCACACUGGAAAGAAACCAUUUGAGUGUAAGGAAUGUGGGAAAGUCUUUAGACUUAAUAUACAUCUCAUUCGACAUCAAAGAUUUCAUAGUGGUGAGAGACCUUUUGAGUGUAAAGAAUGUGGAAAGACUUUUCAUUUUUCCAGCCAGCUUAAUUACCAUAAAACCAUUCAUACAGUUCAAACACCUUUUGAAUGUGAGGAAUGUGGGAAGUCCUUCAAGCGUGUCUCCAGCCUUGUUGAACAUAGAAUUAUUCAUGCUGGUGUGAAGCCAUAUGAAUGUAAAGAGUGUGGGAAAGCCUUUAACCGUCGCUCAAACCUCAUGCAACAUCAGAAAAUUCACUCUGGUGAGAGACCCUUUCAGUGUAAGAAGUGUGGAAAGGCCUUCACUGUUCUGGCACAGCUCACUCGGCACCAGAGUAUUCAUACUGGAGAGAAAUCAUUUGCAUGCGAACAGUGUGGGUCAGCUUUCAGACUUCAGUACCAACUUACACAACAUCAGAGAAUUCAUACUGAUGUAAAACCUUUUGAGUGCAAGGAAUGUGGAAAGGGCUUUAUUCGUGGUACAGGCCUUAGGAUUCAUGAGAGAAUCCAUACUGGUGAGAAGCCCUUUCAAUGUAAGGAAUGUGGAGAAGCCUUUCAGUAUCAUUACCAAUUUCUUGGACAUUUUAGAAUUCAUACUGGCAAGAAUCCUUAUGAAUGUACACAGUGUGGGAAGUUCUUUACUCGUGGUGGAGACCUUAAAGUACAUCAGAAAAUUCACACUGGUGGGAAACCUUUCCAGUGUUAAUGUGAGAAGCCCUUUGGUGACAAUCAAGCUUGGUUUGACAUGCUAAAAUUCAUAAUAGUAAGAAGCCUUAUCAUGUAAGGAAUGAGAAGGCCUUCGGUAAUUCUAAGAUAGCUGUAUAUUGUAUAUUGGAGAGUUCAUUAUGAAAAACCAUAUGAAUAUAAGAAAUUUCAGAAAAUAUUUAUAUUUAGUUCAGCUGUUACUACACCGUGGAGAAUUCAUACUGAUAUAAAACUCUUUGUCACUGUAAAGAAUGUGGAAAAACCUUCAAUUUGAGCUUAGACCUUCUUCAACAUAAAGAAUCCAUGCUGGUGUAAAAUCCUGUGAAUUCAAGAACUGUGGGAACAUUUAUAGAAUUAGCUCUUAAAUCUCAUCAGAGAGCCCUUCUAGACCUGAAACCCUGUGAAUAUGAAGAAUGUAGGAAAGCCUUAUUGUGAAUGAUGAGCUUACACAGCAUCAUCAGAAGUCCUAUGCAUGUAAGGAAGGCGGACAAGUCUUUUAUAUGGAAAUUUUACUGAACAUCAGAGUACUCAUUGGCAAGACUGUGACUAAAAAGAAUGUGCCCUAAGAUUUGGUCAACAUCAAAGUAUUCAUGUAUUUUUGAUGAGGAGAAAGCCUUAGAGAGUGAGAUUGUGGGAAGUCUGUUGUUCAGAGAUGAUACUCUGUUGGUAAUACCUUUGAAUGUCAGAAAUAUAGGGUAGCCAUCAUGUUCUUGAUGUACUCUUGUUUUUUUAAUAAAUAUAAUUUACCAAACACUAUACAACCAACAUAGGAAGAGCAGUUAUUGGAACUAGGGUUACCUGAGGCAUCUUCCUUGUCCCAUGGCUCCUGUGGUUUAGGCACAAUUUUUACAUUCUGUCUAGUUGAUUAAUGGUGAGCACAGUACCAGACAAAAUUGUGGACGCAGGGUCCAACAGAUAUAAAAUCCUUGAAAAAGCAUUUGGUUCAUGCCUGUAUUCUGUAAAGUGACUUUUAUGGUUUUCUUGCUUUUAUUGCCAUUCCUGUAACUGAUACGAAAGGCAAAUUGUAUUGCAGAUAGUUUAGAAAAGACUCACGCAUUCCUCCACUAUUCAAUUUUAAAAAGCUCCAUUCUGUAUAAAGUCUGGUGACUGAAAAUGUAUAUGAAAGGAUUUUUGUUGAGAAUCCAUUCCUUAGGUGUUUUUGUGAAGUUAAAAAACAAAGCUAUUGAUGAAUAAGGACUUUUUAACGGAGUUUAAAUACAUAAAAAUUUAAAAACUAAAACCCUAUAAUUUGUACUCUCUGUCCACCAUUAAGACAAACUAUACAUUUGUGACAAGGCAUGAUAGUGCAGUCUCCUCUGUCACCUACUCUUGCUGAAGCCAUUUUGGGGGUGAAUAGAAUUUGACUUCUGAUGGAGAACCUUGUGGAAAAUUACUAAACUCUGUUCUUGGAACUAGAGGUCAAGAUUCCCCAGCUAAUUAGUCUGGCUUCUGUUAACCUGCCUGCAUAUACAAACCUCUCCUUGCAGCUAACUGCUUAUUUUGGCUUCUGUUAAACUGCCAGCUUAGGCAAAACCUUCCCUUACAUCUGCUGAGCAAGAUAACAGAAUGUGGGUUUUGCUUUUAAUAGUCUCUUGCUCUAAAUGCUUGGAGCUACACAGGUCCCCACUACCAGAGUGUAGUCCUUGCUGGUUGGAAUAAAGACUUUUAGUUGACCAUCUGAAUGAUCUUCUCUGGUGACCCAUAAAAGAUUAACAAAAAUAGCCAAAAUUGGCUGGAGGGAGGAUGGUGCCAGCCUUAAUCCCAGCAUUCAGGAGUCAGAGGCAAGUGGCUCUCUGUGAGUUUAAACCAGCCUGAUUUACUGUAAUUGGUUAUUCUUUUACUCUCAGGAGGAGGGGGGCUUUCCUACAAGUUCCCAAAUAAACAUAUGCAGGCUUAUUCUUACCUACAGAUGCCCGGUCUUAGCUUGACUUGUUUCUUGUCAGCCUUUCCUAACUUAAAUUAUUCCAUCAAACUUUUCCUUUGGGCUUUUGCCUUUCUCUAUUUCUUCUUACUCUAUUGCUUGCUGUAUAGCUGGAGUUUAUAGCCCCUGAUGUUCUCUCCUUUUUUCAUUCCUUCAUUUUCUCUUCCCAGAUUUCUCCUAUUAUCUCUGCCUACUAACCCCUCCUAUCCUUUCUCCUGCCUUGCUUUGGCCAUUCAGCUCUUUAUUAGACCAAUCAGGUGUUUUAAACAGGAAAAUUAAUACAGCUUCACAGAGUUAAAGAAAUGGAACGUAAAAGAUUACAAUACAUUUUUGCAUCAUUAAACAAAUACUGUACAGCAUAAAUAAAUGUGAUGCAUCUUAAAUUAAUAUUCUACCUCAGUCUACAAAGUGAAUUCUGGAACAGGCAGGGCAGUUGCAUGGAGAAUCCCCGCAACAAAGAUGUGUUUUUUCUUACCUGAAAGAUUUGGACUAGAAGUGGAUUCUCCCACUUGAAGCAGGAGAUGUCUCACAGAUGCGCACUCCAUUUCUGGACUGUAGUUCAUUCCAGAUAUAGUCAAGUUGACAACCAAGAACAGCCAUCACGCCACCAAAAUAAACUGGAGGGAAGCUAACACUUUGCAAGAUACUGUAUGUUCAUGCUUGUGUUAUGUGGAAACAUAAAUGGACCUGUGCAUAUGCUAUGUAGUCGUGUGUGUGAUGUGGAAAGAUAUUCAUGUGUUUCUAUGAUAUCAGUUAUUGAGUAAGCAAUACGUUUACAAGAUUUGGCUUGCUGGUUACAAUUUGUC